CUAAUAUGAGUUGGCGAUCAGAACGUAUAUGGGUAGAACUUAUAGCGGGGUCUCGAAAAACUAGCAAUUUCUGCUGGGCCUUUAUCCUUUUUUUAGGUUCAUUGGGGUUCUUAUUGGUUGGAAUUUCCAGUUAUCUUGGUAGGAAUUUGUUAUCUUUAUUUCCGUCUCAGCAAAUUCUUUUUUUUCCACAAGGAAUCGUGAUGUCUUUCUAUGGAAUCGCGGGUCUCUUUAUUAGUUCAUAUUUGUGGUGUACAAUUUGGUGGAAUGUGGGUAGUGGUUAUGAUCGAUUCGAUAAAAAAGCGGGAAUAGUGUGUAUUUUUCGUUGGGGAUUUCCUGGAAAAAAUCGUCGUAUUUUUAUUCGAUUUCUUAUGAAAGAUAUUCAGUCCAUCAGAAUAGAAGUUAAAGAGGGUAUUUCUACUCGUCGUAUCCUUUAUAUGGAAAUCAUAGGACAGGGGGCCAUCCCCCUGACUCGUAUUGACGAGAAUUUAACUUCACGAGAAAUUGAACAAAAAGCUGCAGAAUUGGCCUAUUUCUUGCGUGUACCAAUUGAAUUACUUUGAAAAAAAGAAAUGAAACUGAAAAAA